UGCCAUCAUCCACUUAUUAGAAUUUAUGUAUAUGUAUGUAGUCUAGGUGUUGCAUGUCGAGUAAGCAUAUGUUAUCAUGGCGGACGGCAUUUCUUUAAUGACACCAAAAGGAAAAGAAAGUGGGAGGAAAAGUCUUUCUCCUUGGAUGACAUGUGAAACAUGUCAGAGCAUUUUGACAAUAAAGGAUCUAGAAGUACAUAACACUAAUUGUCCACCUAAUCUUGUAACAUGGAAUCAUAACUUCAUUUACGGUGAUAUAUUAUAUAGUACCGUAGAAACAUAUAAUCUAUUAGAACAGCCAAAAAAUAUCCAUGUAAGAGCAUUGGAUGAUAUGGUAUUUAUAUCGCAAUCUGCUUUGCAAUUAUGUGAAAUUGCAAUAGGAGAUUGUGUUCUCGUAAUUGCUGGAGAAAGUAAAGUUGUUAAAACUGCUUGGCCAACUAAGGAUAAAAGUUUAACAAGUGUUUCUUUAACAAAACAUGCAAUAGAAUUAAAUAACCUCCGAGGUUAUGUUAAAAUCGAAAAAUUAAAUUCUUCUGUCAAUAUUGCCAAGGAAUUUGUAAUCCGUAGCAUUGGGAAACAUAUAUUGCCAGAAGCAACUACGGAGCUUAACAUAAUACUUAAGAAUCAUAAUGAGCAAAAAGUAUUUACUAUAGGUAAUAAAUUCAGUGUGCCUUUUUAUGGCAAGAAAUUAAUUUAUAAGAUUGUCAAAGUUACAUCAGAUGACUGUGAAAAUGUUAAAUUGUCUGAACAGUUUAAACAAUUGAGCAUAACAGAUGAAACACGUAAUAUCAAAUUGUAUAAAGCACUGUACAACACAAAAUGGACAAUUUUAAAUGAAGAGCAAGAAAAGGAAAAAGAAGAUUAUAAAAAAUCUAAAUUUAAAAUACAAGAUAUUGGAGGAUAUGAUAACGUAAUAGAAGAUAUCAAAGAUGUUCUUGAUAUUGGCCUUGGUCUGUACCAAAGUAUUGGAAACUUUUACAUUAGCAAAGGAAUAUUAUUAUAUGGCACCUCUGGUGUUGGCAAAUCUGCUAUCGCCAAUGCCUUGAUAUCGCAAUAUGAUAUUAAUUCUACCACUAUUUACAGUUCAGAUAUUUAUAGCAAAUCUUCAGGCGAAACAGAGAAAAAAUUGCAAGAUAUUUUCAUGGAAGCUAAAGAUAAAGCUCCAAGCAUUAUUCUAAUAGAAGAAAUCGAUAGUUUAUGCCCUAAAAAGAGUACUUCAAGUACAGAUCACGAAAGAAGAAUACUUUCUCAAUUGACUGCACUCUUUGAUGGAAUACAAAAUGCAAAUGAUAAUGUAGUAAUACUUGCCACAACUUCGAAAUUGGAUCUUGUAGAUAAUUCUCUUAGAAGACCUGGUAGAAUAGACAAAGAAUUCGAAAUUCAUGUACCUACUAUCAAUAUGCGCGCAGAAAUAUUUAAAAAAAUGUUAUCAAAAAUACCGAACACUUUAUCCUCAGAAGAUAUACAAAAUAUCGCUUCUGUUACUCAUGGAUUUGUCAGCGCCGAUUUAUAUGGUUUAUGUUCCCAAGCAGUUCUGAAUUCUGUAAAAUGUCAACAGAAAACUAAAAAUGAUCUUUCGUUAAAAGUAACUAUGUCAAACUUUGAACAUGCUUUAACUGUCACAAAGCCGUCAGCUAUGAAAGAAGUUUUAAUAGAAGUACCGAACAUCCAAUGGUCGGAUAUAGGAGGUCAAAAGGACCUAAAAUUAAAAUUAAAACAAGCUGUUGAGUGGCCACUGCGCCAUCCCGAAGUGUUUCUCAGGAUGGGUAUAACUCCACCUAAAGGUGUUUUAAUGUUUGGUCCACCAGGUUGUUCUAAAACAAUGAUUGCAAAAGCUCUUGCAACAGAAAGUAAAGUAAAUUUUUUAAACAUAAAGGGACCAGAAUUAUUCUCAAAAUGGGUCGGUGAAUCCGAAAAAGCCGUAAGAGAGGUAUUUCGAAAAGCAAGACAAGUAUCACCUUCAAUAGUAUUUAUUGAUGAGAUUGAUGCACUAGGAAGUGAAAGAGGUUCUUCGUCAAGCGCCGGAAGCAACGUGCAAGAGCGAGUUCUAGCACAAUUAUUAACAGAACUGGAUGGAGUUACUGCGUUAGGCAGCGUUACUUUAGUAGCAGCAACUAACCGACCCGAUAAAAUUGAUAAAGCACUUCUUCGUCCUGGUCGUUUAGAUAGGAUAAUAUACGUGGCAUUACCUGAUUAUGAAGCCAGACAAGAGAUUUUCGAUAUAAAAUUAAGAAAUAUGCCAAUCGCCGAAGAUGUACAUAUUCAAGAUCUAGUUGAUCUUACAGAAGGAUAUUCUGGAGCAGAAAUCCAAGCAAUUUGUCACGAAGCUGCUAUUAAAGCACUUGAAGAAGAUUUAAAUGCUACUAUAAUCACUAAAGAGCAUUUUAAAGCAGCAUUGGCUAUAAUCACUCCACGGACACCAGCGUCGUUAAUAAAUUUAUAUAAUGAAUAUAUGAAUAAAAUACAUUAACUAUA